UCUCCGGUUGGUACGGUCCUCGGCAUGAAUUGGACAGUCAGUGUGCUCGACAAGAUAAAAACGGGUUUCGAGUACGCGUCGAAUUAUCUGGAAACUGCAAAGGACAUUGCCGACUUGGUAGCGAGUAGUCUGGGCGGUAAGCAAAAGGAGAAACGGGGUGAGGACGAAGAUGCGAAGAAUAAGGGAGGUUUUGGCCCUUCCACCCUCAUGUCUGCUUUCUUUCGUCUCUUUGGAUUGGAUUCGCAGAAAGUUACAGCGAUUGCUGUGAACAGUGUCAUAUUCCUCGCACAAAUGGUACUUGUCUUAUUUAUUACGUAUUUAUAUGUAUUCGUCUUAAUCUUAAUAUCGAAUAAUCGAGAAUACAAUAAUGAGAUGCAGAUAAGCUCGUUGUUCAAUUUGAAGCCGAAAGAGAAUUCUGGUAGAAGUUUGGAAGAUGAGAGUGACGCUUCAUCUUGGGAUCCAGCGAGACUUAUUACGGAGAGCAAGAACGAGAGAAUUCAGAAUUUACUGGAACAAGCUCGAGACGAGAAUCUAGCUGAUCGGCUGAUCGACAGAUUGGAUGGCGACGAUUCAUCGUGCAUCAGAUUGCUCGUAUGCAAAAUUUCACCUGUUAUCAAGGCGGCGCAAUAUUCUUUAAAAAACAAAAGUCAAGAUAAAUGGCAUCGAAUGACUUCUUGGCUACCGAAUAAAGACGAGUUCGAAGAAAACGGCGACGAAUGCGAAAACACGCAUACAGAUUGCAGUUUAUUUUUCUAGCGGUAGCUAUUGAAUCGGCCUGUAGUAGUUUAUUUAACUUUAUUUGCUACGAACUUGGUUUCGGGAAGAAAUGAGGAUCGGCUCGAAGAAAUUUUUCGAAUACUUUGCACAGAAAAACUGAACGCUUUCGGAAUUUCGUAUAUACGUAUAUAUAAAAAUCGAUAUGGAAGAUGUUAUUUAUAAUUGAAACUCUACGCGUGAGUAACUGUGUAUAAUGGAAUUGCCAGGAAUCAAAGAAUUGGUUUGCACAGCAUAUAUAUUUGCGUCCAUACAAAUAUAUACCAAUAUAUUACACAAUGUACAAGGUAUACCAAAAUUAAUUUAUCGAACACCGCAUUUCUGGUGUUCUGCGAAUCGACGAAUGAAAAAGAAAAAAGCAGUGAACCACCAUUUUCCUUUCUGGAAUAUGCACCAUUUAUUUUAAUAAUAAAUUCCUCGUGAAUUAAAUUUGGCAAUAUACCCUUUCUUGUAUCUCCAGCCAUCUCCAGGAUGGCCGCGCUCGCGUUCCAUUACACCAAAUAAAAUUACUAUUGCUUCGAAUCGUUCGAUCGUUACAAACAACAUUUGUCUCAUGUACGUUGCACAAGGAA